AUGUUGGACGUUACGUGCGGCCUGUGGGCAACAGCAGUCCAGGCGGAUGCAAAGCAAGCGAUAGAAGAAGCUACAGGCAACAUCGGAGCCGUUGCUGCUAUAGUAGGAGCCAGCCCGGGACUCGUUUUUGUCGGAAGUCAGGCUUGUUCUCGAUUAGCAUGUGUGGGCACCAGCGGCUUCUACGCCUGCAACGACAGGGACGAGGGCAUCUUUGUUUCCCCCGCCGAUCUCACCGACUCUGCUACUGCCCUUGUCGACCACUGCGUGGCUUAUUAUAAGGACAAGGGCGUGGAUACAAACGACCAGACCCCAGUGUCCGCGCAGGCGUUCUAUCUCACCGGUCCGGAGGUGAACCUGGUCGUUAGUUACUGCGACAGUAACGAGGACCAAAACAAGAAGCCAAGCGAUUAUACGUUCGAUGAAAACUGCGGGCCCAACGGAUGCAACCCGACUUGUGGAUGGGACGGUGCUCAAGAAAAUCCGUGCCGUUUCUGGCAGAACCCGUUUGCGUCCGCUAAGCCGACCACCUCUACAGCGGCUGUGACCCCUACACCUACGCUUUGA